UGCUCGGCGCAGCCCUGGGUCUAUGGCUCCUGCUGCGGAGGCGGGCAGCGACGGCAGGGGUUGCCCAGCUGUUACAGUGCGGCACUGGUCCCUCCUCCCAGCUGCGCCUGCCUCAUCUCCCCCCACCCAGCCGCCCGUCCCUCCCCUCCGCCGCUCCCGACGCUGCAGCCGCGGCCGCCACCUCCUCGCAGUCCCAGCCCCCCGCCUCCUCCUCCCUCCCUCCCUCUCUCGCCGCUCUCCAUCGCCUCUCUUGGGUCCCGGUCUGCCUUUCCCGCCGGCGGCCCUGGCAGAGUAGGCACCGCAGGGUGGGGGUGGCGGGGGACGCUCCAUGUAACACCAUGACAGGCAUCGCCGCCGCCUCCUUCUUCUCCAAUACCUGCCGCUUCGGGGGCUGCGGGCUCCACUUCCCAACCCUGGCGGACCUCAUCGAGCACAUCGAGGACAACCAUAUCGAUACAGACCCACGUGUAUUAGAGAAACAAGAACUACAACAGCCAACAUAUGUUGCUCUCAGUUACAUUAAUAGGUUUAUGACUGAUGCAGCUCGACGAGAACAGGAAUCCCUAAAGAAGAAAAUUCAGCCAAAACUCUCCUUGACUUUAUCAAGUUCUGUGUCCCGUGGGAAUGUAUCUACUCCUCCACGCCACAGCAGUGGAAGCCUUACACCUCCAGUCACGCCACCUAUUACCCCCUCCUCUUCAUUUCGUAGCAGUACACCUACAGGCAGUGAAUAUGAUGAGGAAGAAGUAGAUUAUGAAGAUUCAGACAGUGAUGAAUCCUGGACCACAGAAAGUGCCAUCAGCUCUGAAGCUAUCUUAAGUUCCAUGUGUAUGAAUGGAGGGGAUGAAAAACCUUUUGCUUGCCCUGUACCUGGGUGUAAAAAGCGAUAUAAGAAUGUUAAUGGUAUAAAAUACCAUGCCAAGAAUGGCCACAGGACGCAGAUCCGUGUGCGGAAGCCAUUCAAAUGCCGUUGUGGAAAGAGUUACAAGACAGCUCAGGGUCUGCGGCACCAUACAAUCAAUUUCCACCCACCAGUGUCUGCUGAGAUUAUCAGAAAGAUGCAGCAAUAACUGGCUGGUCACAAAUGUGCCAAGGAAUCCUCACCAGCAGUUGCUGAUUUUGAAGACAGCCACCUCCUCUUGGGGAAGCAUUCAGCAAUCCCUUAAAGAAUUUAAAUGCAUGCUUUACCAUUUUUUUCUGUAAUUUUGGAAUGAUGUUAUCUUUGUAGAGUUAUUUUGUACAUUUGCACAUGUAAUCAUCAUGCCCAUAUAACAUUACUUUGCUAUCAGGUGCUAAAAGCUACAGAUUCUUCAAAAUAUCCCUCUCCCCCAACCUGAAAAAGGAUAUUUAGGGGACAGUGUAUAUUUUAUCUGUUUUUCAGUGUUAAAUGAGUAAAAAGAGGGGAGAGGAAGAAAGCUUGGCACUGAGAUAACUUCAAGAUUGUAAUGUGGUUGAAGUUCAGUGCAUCUGUUCCCCUGUGCUUGCAAAACCAAAACAAUCCCCCCAUUAUCCACCUGGUUAAUAUGCCUUAUGUAAUAGAGAUCAGUGAAAUAGCAAGGUUUUAGGUAUUGAAAUUAUAAAUAAGAGAAUGUUUAACAUAUGCUAAAAAUAUUUUCAUACUCAGAUAACAUACAUAAAAGGUGUGCUUGCUGUAUUUUAUAUUAUCCUGCAGUUUCUUUUCUCCUCUGAAAUGUCUUGCCAUUUGAACUAGCCGAAUAAUCACUCUAGCGGUAGAAUUCUACUUCUAUGUGUACAGGUGUUAUAUAAUGUUAAAGACCCAUCAGACUCCUGAGGAGCAAAUUGCUGUGGUCCCAUUAUUGCUCCCCAAUUAUCUACUAUUAAAAGACACUUGGAAAUGAAGUGCAAAUCUAGUGUGAAAGAAAUUAUCUUCAUCUUAGAUGGAGGUCUUAAAGCACUUUGUAGUUCUCUAUUGCCAACAAAUUUAAAUGUUUUAUGCGUUGCCAAUUCUUGCAGCUGGGGUACCAGUGCGUGCCAGUGGUUGCAAAUAAAAAUUCUAGGCAUGUUUUAUGGAGGGUACACUAUUUGUGUUGAGGGAGUUUCUAGUUCUAUAUGUGUAUUGUACCUUCAGAUUUUUGUAUGUAUAUAUCUAUAUUUUCUAACUUACUAUAGGUUGUUGCAUUCCACAAGUUUAGCAUUAAAAGUUUCUUUCUAAACUAUGAGACAUCAUGAGCCUUACUGAAAUGAAGUGCUUCUUGAAGCAGGUACUCAAAAGAUAGACCUGAGGUCAGAACUAUCAUUGAGCUGCUUGUGUCUGGACCAUACCUGAAUGCUUCAUUUAUUUGAUGCUCUCCUGCCUUCAGUCUUCUCCUCUUGUGUAAGUGCUAGUCUAAGGUUAAUAGUUUACAAAAUAUGCAAGAGUUACAUGAAUAGAAACUGGGAAGGUCUCCCACCCAAAAAACAUUACGUUUUACAAGUAAUCCUCUUGUAUUUUGUAUUUAAAUAUAUAAAUAUAUAACCUAUAUACCUGACCUGGGAAAUGCAAAAGUCUCCAUUCUUUUAAAAAUAUAUAAAGAUUGAGGGAGAAAGGAUUCUCUCUAAGCUUUCUUUUCUGAACUGAAUGCCUCAUAAUGAGGACUGAAGAAAUUUAAAAUAAAGCAUCCUUUAAACAAAUCACCCUUGAUCCAUCUUACGACAGAUACAUUUUGUAGCACACGUGUCAACAUUGGUAUCGAGAAUGAUCCAGAUAUAAGACUCUUACUGCUUAUACUUAAAACCCAUCUUCCAACAUUCAGAUUUUGGUAUCAUUUUCUGCUUCCAGUGAAAAACUGCAGGCGGACAUUAAUAUUGUUGCAUGUCAAUUCCUUUCCACUAUUAAAAUCCAGUUUUGAUUUACCUAGUCAUUGUGACAGUAUUAAACAGGUAAAAAUGGGACUAUUUUGUUAUACUGUGUAUAGUGAAUGUAUUGUACUGUGUGUGAAAAUGUGCUUUAAAUUAUAUUUUUCCUAUAUUUUGUUGGGGACAAAGUUCAUUAAGUUGUCACAAGAGGUUUGUUUUAAAACUGAGCACCACAAAGUGCAUCAAAAAUUUCUUUCAAUAAAAGCUGCUUAUAAAUGUAAAUUGAAUCCUACUUAAUAAAAAUUGCCUCUGACCUAAGACAAAA